UGACUGCCUGUUCUUUGUCUGUACGUACCGGUUGUGGAUCGACACGCAGUUAUAACGGUCCUAAAACAAUUUUGGAUUUUGUAGCUUCAGUCGCCGAAAAAUUCAGAGGAAACAUGUAUCGGCUCUUUGUGACGGUAAUCACGAUAAUCAACUUCGCGUCAAUCAACGCGGAGUUGCAUAGAAUUCCGUUACACAAGAGAUACACUGUUGAAAAAUUUCCGACGGAAACUAUGAUACGACUCCGUUCGAAUACGGCAAACGUACCUCUGAUUAAUUAUCUAAAUUUGGAAUACUACGGUACUAUCGAAAUUGGAACUCCACCGCAGACAUUUAAAAUACUUUUCGACACUGGUUCAUCAGAUCUCUGGGUGCCAUCCAAAGACUGCGACGUUAGCAAACCUGCUUGCU